AUGGAAUAUCAUAUUGAUAAUUGUCAGAGGGAUAAUUUAACGACAAAUAAUUUUAAUACAUAUUUUCAAAAUGCUAUUUUAAUUAUAAUUACGUAAUUGUAUCAAUCAGUAAGUAACUGUUACUUAAUUUACAAAUAUCAUUAAUAUCAACAAGUCUAAAUCAUUCGAAUGUGGCACUACUUAGUUCAAUAGAUUGCAAAGAUAAAUCAUACUACAUGUGAUGCUCAACAAAAAAUAAUACAUACAAAUAAACCACACGCAUUUCACUGGUCUUUGUAUCUGAACAAAUUAUGUGUUGUACAAACUCUGUACGAUGCACACAUGUAACUCCAAACAAUUUAUUUUAAUGUAAAACUGGAAUUGGAAAUUUGAUAUAUUCUUAAUUCCAAGAAGUAGCAAACAUUUUCACUUAAAAACUUUGUUGCCAGUGCUCAAAGAGUACAAUGAAUACUUCGCUCUAGGUACAUUGUUGUUUUAGUACGUUUAUUAUUUAAGAGGGUUCAAAGAGAAUUAUACAUCGAUAAUACUACUAGGCGUUUUCCGUUAAUGUUUUCCCUUGCGAAAGCGUUCAGAAAUAUACAGGCUAAUUUAUUCUUUAACAGAGUACAUGGAUAUUAACAAUACGAAAAGUUAUCUUAUAAUAUAUAAAUAUGUUUCUGAAACUAUUCAAUUCAACUAUUGUUCAGUUAUAUCGUUGUUUGAGGGUCUUGGUUUGAAACCAUAAGUUUUAAUCUACCUUAUAUAUCGUACAUAAUUUUAUUAUAUACACCGGCUCCAUAUUUCCUAUAACCGCUAAUCCGUUUUGAGAGAUGGCAACUGUGAAAAUGUCAAAUCUGCCACAAUGAAGUUUGUCAUUUUUAAUGGUAAACGUACUCAAAACGUGUUGUCGUACGAGUGCUAUUUGAGUUGUUUACAGAUACUUGAAAUAUUCAUCUUGCUUAAAAAAUUGAAUCAAAUCGCGAACAUUUUCGUUCGAUGAUUUUCGACGUGGAUUACAUCUACAGCAAUGUGUCGAUCAACUUUUGGUGAUGAAGCACCACCAUCUCGAACUACAGUGUUUUACUGGUGUUCCGAAUUCAAUCGUGGUCGCACUUCGCUAUAGGAGGAAUUUCGUGAUGGUCGUCAUAAAUCGGCUGUUGUGCCAGAAAACAUCGAUGCUGUGGGUGAAUUUAUAUUGCAAGAUUGAGGUUGAGCCUUUGGGCAUUAGUUUCACUUGCACACAUUCAAUAUUGCAUGAACAUUUGGCUGUCAAGAAGAUUUGUUCGCGUUGGAUACCAUAUAAUUUGACACCCGUUCAAAAAAACUCGUAUCUAUUGGUGCAAAGAAAUGCUGAAUAAAUUUAGUAGUGGUACUUCAAAAGACUUCUAGAUCGUGAUAGGUGACGAAUCAUGGAUCUAUGCAUAUGAACCUGAAACUAAACAGCAAUCGACUGUCUUCCAAGACCAGUCAAAUCCAAAAAAAAAAAAAUUGUUCGCGCACGAAGCACGUCUAUCUCAAAACUUUAACAUCAACUCUUAUAUUAACUUUUUCUCUUAUUGCUAACCGUCGUCUAGUAUUAAUAGUGAAUAGUUUCUAGUAUUAAUAACGUUUGAAUCUAUACUGUUGUAGCUGUUAACUACUAUUUUUAAAUAUUUCAUUGUGAAGAGGAAAUAUUCGAGGUUUUCCUACCUUCCAUUCAGCUUUUGUUCUUGUUAUUGAUUAGCUUGUUCUGUAGUUAGUAAUGUAUCAAAGUAUUAUCUUCACAUUUGCACAAGAUUGUUCAACUCCUCUUUCCAUGUUUACUUUCUCGGAAUUUCUUUCUAGUUUCUCUCUCGCUUACAUUUCUGUUUCCAUACUUCUAUACCACCGAUUUGUUUCAUAUCCCAAAAUUUUUAUUCUAUUCUUUCUACUAAAUUUGUGGCUUUUCUUGUUGAAGUAUCCCGAUUUUUAGCAGCACUUCAUAAUUCUGCUACUUUGCCACUGCUACAUUCAAAACUAACAUUUUCAUUGAAGAUUAUUCAAUUAUGUAGAUUGUUUUUUCUGUAUAUACGAAUAAACAAUCUGCCAACGAUUUUUUUAGGUUUAACCAACUAUUUUUCCGGUGCCAAAUGUAUUCAUUUCCAUUAAUUUCAACAAACUCUGUCUAAAAAUGUGCGAAUAACGUAACCUUAGAAGUACAAUAAAGAACUCCAUUAGUUAAUUAUUACUAAUUUGAUUUAGUUCGUGUUCCAUGGCGUUUUAUGUUUUGAUAAUAAAUGUGAAGUGUCUGCCAGUGUAGAAACUAUCAUAUGAACACGACGCGAUUAUAGUUUUCGAAAACUCCUAAUGAAACCCUUUAAAUCAAUCUUGACUUGAUCACACUUAUGGAUUUUCCAAUGAUAUUCUGAUUAGUGAAAGUUGCAGAUUCUUCAGAACAAAAAUAUAACGCUACAGAUCAAAGUGAAAGAUUAUAUGAGUAACGUUAGGUGUUUAUAAAUCUAGACUUCAUUGCCGUUCAUCUAUACAAAAAAUCCAUACUUACUAGCCAGUUUGAAUUGAGUAAAUGCCAGGGCCGGAUUAAGAUUUAUAAGGCCCGAGGCUAAAAUAAUGACGGGGCCCCCUUAAGGAAUUCGAAAACCCGGAAAAAUUCACAAAAUAAUAUCAAUACGUUAGAUUUGUGGUAUCAACACAUCAAAAAAUACAGAAUGAUUUCCAAAUGAUGGGGCCCUCUUGGACCUGGGGCCCGGGGCUAUAGUCCCCCCAAGCCCCUAGCUUAAUCCGGUCCUGGUAAAUGCAGGUGAUUUGGGCUUAAAUAAAAUUCAAAUUAGUACUGGUAAGGUGCUACAACAAAAUCAUUAUUAUCUAAGCUUUUGUUUGGAGUUGUUUUUAUGUUUGACAUACCAAAGGUCAUUUAACAUGAACAAACACAAUAAAUGUUUGGUAAUCAAAUUUACUAUGUGUUAUAACUUAAUAACAAUAAUAGUUAUAUUUAAAUUAUACCAUAAAUCGCCCACAACAUUUGAGAUUACUUUGAAUGCCUAAAAAAAUAUAUUUUUUAAUUUAAUAAUACAUAAUUAUCGGUCGCCCACAUAAUUUGAUAAUACUUUGGUUACAGAACUAUAUUAACGAAAUAAUAUACAAUUUUACAAUAAUUAACGGUUAAAAUGUCGAUGGUAUAUGAUUCACACAUGUUCACAUAUGUUCAUUUGGUUUCGAUGUAAAAAUAAUCACACGGUAUAAUGUAAAAACUGGUAUAUUCCUCGCUUUGGCUUGUUAUGAUUAAUUGGACAUUUAAACAAAAAUCAUAAAUCACUUCGCAUUUUGUUUAUUUAUAAACUCUUCACAUUUUGUAUGACGAAAAAUUUCUACAUAACCCUAAUACAUAGGCAAUACUCCAUACACUCCAGUAAAGUGGAUUGCCUGGCUUGGCAGCAUUAUUUACAAAUCAAUCAAUUAAAUAAAUUUUGGUGACAUUGGUUUCACUCAUACUCUAUAUUAAUCCUAGAAUAUUAACCUUAUUUUACAAUACCGUGAAUACUAACCAUUCGAAAUUUUUACGAUCUCGUAUUUAAAAAUUAAAAACAAGUUAUGAGUAAACGAGUAAAGGCCUGCUGUGUACCAGGAUGCACGAAUAAGCAAGCGAUAAGACAUUCCAUUCCUACAAAUGAAGAUAUUUGCAGAAUUUGGUUACAAAGAAUAAAUAACCCCAAGUUAAUGCUUGCAGAUACAGUAUUAUCAUCACAUAGAAUAUGUGAUAUUGAUUUUGAACCAAUUUAUACAAACCCAGGCAGGUUAAAAAAAGUUUCACUACUAACUCUACAUUUACCUGGUACACUAUUUGCUAUCUCCGAUGGGAUGACAUAUGGAUGGACUUCUCCUAUGAUUCCUUACUUGAUUAGCCCAGAUAGUCAUAUAAAAACAACUAAACACGAAGCGGAAUGGUUAGAAACGGCUUUGCUAUGCGGAUCGUUAGGAGGUUUACCAUUAACAAUAUAUUUAGUGGAUAAAUUUGGUCGCAAAAAAUCGUUAUUAUUCGCUUCAAUUACUAUUCUAAUAGGCUGGCUACUUAUAGCGCUCGGAGACAAAAUGAUUUAUCUUUUUAUUGGAAGGUUUCUAUGUGGGAUGGCAGGUGAUAUGGCGUUCGUAGCAUGUCCCAUGUACAUGGCAGAAAUUUCUGAUCAAAAAAUAAGAGGUUUUUUAUCCGGAAUGGUUUAUAUUAUGGUUCAUAUUGGAACACUUUUGGUUUAUUGUCUAGGUCCGUACACGCCGUAUUACAUGACACCAUUAUUAGGAUCUUUCUUUGUCAUAACAGAGGUCUUAGUUUUCUACUUCAUGCCAGAAUCACCGUAUUAUUUAUUAUACAAAAAAAAAGAGAAAAAGGCUAGAAAAGCUUUGGAAUUUUUCAAACCUUACAGUAAUGUUGACGAAGAAGUUAUAGAAAUUACUAAAAUGCUGGAAAGGGAAAGCUCUCAAAAAGGACGAUUUCAAGACUUGAUAUUUGUGAAAAGUAAUAGAAAAGCAAUAACAAUAAUGGCCGUAUUGAACAGUGGCCAACAUUUAUGUGGAUACACAGUUAUUUUAAUGAAUUUACAUUUAAUUUUAGAAUCAGCAGGUUCCAAAUAUAUGGAUUCCUCUCAUGCAGCUAUAAUAUUCGCGAGUAUAAUGUUGAUAGCAACUGGAUUCUCAUCCUUACAAGUAGAUAAAUAUGGAAGAAGAGUAUUACUUAUGAUAUCUUCCAUAUUAUCAGGAUUAUGUGUAUUAACAUUAGCUGUAUAUUUCCACCUCAAGUAUCUUAAUUUCAAUCUGGGCUCAGUUAGUUGGAUACCAAUAGUAUCAGUUAUGGUUUAUGCCUGUGUAUUUAAAUUAGGGGUAGGAAUAGUACCUAUCAUAGUUACAGCUGAAAUAUUUCCCACUAAUAUGAAGGCGAUUGGAAUGACGAUGGCAGAUGCUAUGUUCAUUUUAGGAGGUAUUUUAGCUAUUCAAAUUUAUCAGAUUUUUUCUCGAACUUUCCAUAUAUUUGUACCGUUUUAUUUUUUUGGAGCAUUUGGCUUCUUUGUAGCCAUUUUCACAUUCUUUUUUAUACCCGAAACUAAAGGAAGAUCUUUAGAUGAAAUUCAAAGUAUUUUGAAAGGAGAACCGUUGCAAGCGAUCAAAGGUACGAAACAACAGGAAGCGGUGCUCUAAUAUUAUCAAUUUUUCAAAUGUACUGAUACUCUGAGUGAUAUUUCUAUUUUCUAUAGUCGACCUAAUUAUAAGUGUUCAAAUGUGAUUGUUGUAUUGAGUUUUUUUCCUUGAGAUAAAUAUUUUAAAAUUGCAAUGAUGGCGAAGAUAGAUGAAUUUAGCUAUAUUAUUAUUCCUCAGGCACUGCCACAUCAAUCUUAUUCAUCACAAUUUUCAAUGGUUCUAUGAAGCUUCGAUCAAAAUAAUUCCUUUAAGAUUCACAGCCACGAAUCUCUCCAUUGCCCUACAUUCCUUUUGCCACUUAACUUUUCCUGUAUAACAAUAAGUACUCUUUGCAUCUCAUUAAAUGUUCAUGGUUAUUCCACAUUCAUUUUGAAUACUUUAUGAAUUCGAUGUCCCAUCUUCUACAUCCUAAUUGUUUAUUCAAACAUAAAAUUUUACUACUUUUUCCCCAAAUCUUAAAUUCUUAUUAUAUACUUUUCAUAUGAAUUUCUAACUAAAUUUUGGAUAAAACAAUGCUGUAAUUAGAAAUAAUGUACCUGAAAUAACUUAUUUUGAUUAUGAGACACUUGUGUGAUUAUAUUGUAUUUAAUAUUUUUAUAUCUCUGACUUAUAGAAUGUAACUACUAGAAACGAAAGUUGAACAUUCACAAAUCUAUGAAAUAAAAACAUCAAUUGAGUAAUUUGCAUUUUUAUUUAAAUUCAUCAUUUAAUCUUAAGCUGUAUGUUUCGGUGUGAUAAAAAAAUAGAAUAAUGGCAUUUUUCAGACGUAUUUUUAAGUGUUCGCAUCAGGCAACAUUCGAUGAUUACAAGGUAGAGU